UGUUCGUAGAAAGGAGAGAUGGUUGGCAUCUCCCCUGACAGGGACGGGAAUUGUCUUCGGACAUUCUUGUUACCACACAUCCGGUUAAGGCUACCCACCUCUGGUGGAUCUAUAACCAAUUUUUUUAUUCCCAAUUUCUUAAAUACAAUUAUGAUUUUUAGAUAAGGUCUCGCCAAAAUAUCCUAUUAAAAUCACCCUGCUCAUUACUCACCCAGAACCAGAACCUCUUCCUCUUCUUCUUUCCCUCACUCAUGGCUGCGUCUCUCUGCAUACCUCUAGAUGUUCAUUUGGUCACACCUAAAUUAGAUACAAGGAAACCCUUUUUGUUCGCCAAACCACAGAGAACUCACCCUGCUGUCAAAUUCAGUGUUUCUUGCGGCUCGUUAAAGGCUCCUUCAAAGUCUCAAAAUGUACCAGACUCUCCAAACCCCAACACUCCGUCUUUAUCUGAGCAACUCAAGCCUCUCUCAACAACCACUCUUUCUCCCACCAAGAAUGACCAAGCGUUUCUCUUGUCCAAGCCAAAGUCCACCUGGGUUAACCCCACCAAGCCUAAAAGGUCUGUGCUUUCACUUCAGAGGCACAAGCGCGCUUCUUACACUUACAAUCCUCAGAUUAGAGAGCUGAAACUGUUUGCACAAAAGCUCAAUGACUGUGACGACUCUGAAGUUGCUUUCUUGGCUGCUCUGAAUGAAAUCCCAAACCAACCCACUAGAGAAAAUGCUCUCUUGAUACUUAACAGCUUGAGAUUUUGGCAAAAGAGUUAUCUUUUCUUUAAUUGGAUAAAGACUCAGAAUUUGUUUCCCGUGGAAACUAUAUUUUACAAUGUUACCAUGAAGUCAUUGAGGUUUGGGAGGCAGUUUCAGCUCAUUGAGGAACUUGCUAAUGAAAUGGUAAGUAAUGAAAUUGAGCUUGACAACAUUACUUACUCUACUAUCAUUACUUGUGCUAAAAGAUGCAACCGUUUUGAUAAAGCUAUAGAAUGGUUUGAAAGAAUGUAUAAAACUGGUUUAAUGCCUGAUGAGGUUACAUAUUCUGCUAUUUUAGACGUUUAUGCUGAAUUAGGUAAAGUUGAGGAGGUGUUGAGUUUGUAUGAGAGAGGGGUAGCUACUGGGUGGAAACCUGACCCCAUUACAUUUUCUGUGUUGGGGAAGAUGUUUGGGGAAGCAGGGGAUUAUGAUGGUAUUAGGUAUGUUUUACAAGAAAUGAAAUCUUUAGGUGUGCAGCCUAAUUUGGUUGUGUACAAUACAUUGUUACAGGCAAUGGGCAAGGCUGGGAAGCCUGGUUUGGCUAGGAGUUUGUUUGAUGAAAUGAUUGAAUCAGGAUUAGCCCCGGAUGAGAAAACUUUAACUGCCCUUAUCAAGAUUUAUGGAAAGGCUAGGUGGGCUAAGGAUGCUUUAGAAUUGUGGGAGCGAAUGAGGGAGAAUAAGUGGCCAAUGGAUUUCAUUUUGUAUAACACAUUGUUGAACAUGUGUGCGGAUAUGGGAUUGGUUGAGGAAGCAGAGAAGUUGUUUGAGCACAUGAAACAGUCCGAGAGUUGCAGGCCGGAUAGUUAUAGCUACACGGCAAUGUUGAACAUAUAUGGGAGUGGAAGGAAAGUUGACAAGGCAAUGGAUUUGUUUGAAGAGAUGCAUGAGCAGGGGGUUGAGAUCAAUGUGAUGGGCUUUACUUGUUUGAUUCAGUGUUUGGGUAAGGCUAGGAGGAUUGAUGAUUUGGUGAGAGUGUUUGAUGUCUCUGUGGGAUGUGGAGUUAAACCGGAUGAUAGGCUUUGUGGGUGUUUGCUGUCUGUUGUGGCCCUGUGUGAGAUCAGUGAGGAUGUUGAUAAGGUCAUUGCAUGUUUGCAGCAAACUAAUCCAAAGUUGGUUGCCUUUGUCAAAUUGAUAGAAGAUGAGAAAACCAGUUUUCCGAUCAUCAACGAGGAGUUUAGGACUGUCAUUGGGGACACGGCUGAUGAGGCCAGAAGACCAUUCUGCAAUUGCUUGAUCGAUAUUUGUCGAAAUCGAAAUCUCCAUGCAAGAGCACAUGAGCUACUCUAUUUAGGAACCUUGUAUGGGUUGUACCCUGGUUUACAUAACAAAACUGUGGAUGAAUGGAGUCUAGAUGUACGAUCACUCUCCAUUGGUGCAGCUCAAACUGCCCUUGAAGAAUGGAUGGCAACUCUGGAAAAAGCAGUCAUACGCGAAGAGGUGGUGUUACCGCAUUUGUUUUUGGCACAAACUGGUACAGGAACUCACAAAUUCUCACAAGGCUUGGCUGCAGCCUUUGUGUCUCACUUAGAGAAACUUGCAGCACCAUUUAGGCAAAGUGAAGAAAGAGCUGGUUAUUUUGUGGCAACCAAGGAGGAGUUAGUUUCAUGGGUGCAAUCAAGAAUACCUCCUCCUACUUUGACUGCAGAAAUGCUGAGUUAAUUGUAAAAUCACAUAGGUCUUUUUUCAAUACAUGAAUGUUGAUUCUGACAA